AUGGCCAAGUUCAUAGCUCUCGGCCCGGCUGUGGCAGCACUCCUUUUCUUCGGACGCUAUGCCUCAGCAGCUGCUUCUCUUCAGCUUCAAUUAUAUACCGACGCCAAUUGUAAGACUCCAGAUGGUGGCCCAGCUUGGAUUACAGAGCAGUGCAUACGUGGUGGACCAAGACAAGGCGGCAGUUUCACAGUUAAUAAUAUGCUGAUCCCCGGCAACUGUGGAGUAACUCUCAAUUUUGACAACAACCCAAACUGUGGCCUUGGAGCUGGAGGGCCACCGGCCCUGACCAUCGACCCCAAUGACUGGCAGUGUUUUCAGAACCCUGAUGGGAAUCUUGUCUAUGCUGGACUCUUUUGCAAUUAA